AUGAAUUUCGACGCUGAUGCGUCUGUUGAAUUUUCUAUAAAUACUACUGAUUUUAGGACUUUGUUACUUCAUUGUAUUCGAGAAUUUCGAGGUGACGAAAAAACUCAAGAAUUUGUUUGGAACUUAAUCACUCCAUCUGAGUGUCAGGACAAAAAUACUGAAAAAUCUGAGGCGCCUGAGAAUGAUACCAAAGCAUCCACAGACGGUGAUUCUAAAUCUAAAUUCUAUCAAGGCUGGGCGCAAAAACCAGAAUACAACACACUUGAACUUGGUGAUAAAGUUACUCAAGCGAAAGAACUGGAUAAAGGAAAACAGGGCACUUCAGCAAUACAGCAUUCUGAAGCUUCUGAAUCUGGUACCAGUACAAUGCAAACACUUUGCCAAAACAAGCAACAACCUCUGAUUAAAAUGGAAAGCUCCGACAUUGUCAUUAAAGCAAAAUUACCUUCAAUUACUAAAGUAAAUACUGGAAAACAAAACGUUUUAACUACAUCUUCUUCAAAUAUAAAUUCCUCCGAAAAAUCCACAUCUGUUUAUAAUAAAUCAUCAUUGAGCGAACUCACUAAAUUGAUGAAUAAUCCGGAAUAUAUGUUACAAUUAUUGGCAAUGAUGGGUUGCAGCAGCACAGAAAGUAGUUCAAGUUUAGGAAUGAAUUCACUCUUGAACUCACUUAUUACUUCCCCAUCCCCUUCAACUUCAUCUACAUAUAGCUCAACAUUAAAUCAACAGUUACAAACACUUCUUGCGCUGACCACUCUCACCGGGUCAACCGAUUCAAGCACUAGCGCAAAUUCUUCGUUAACUUCAACGUUAGCAUCUUUGUUUAGCAAUACUGGCUCGUCAGCUAAUAUUGGAAGUGUUUCUAAAGCCUCAAAUUCUGGAUCAGUUGGUUCUGUUUUGCCAAAAUCUGAUGAUUUAAAGAAAUUGGAAAUUGCUGACUUAAGCACUCGAUCUAAACAAUCCUUAUCAUCAAAACAACUGAAUUUAGGAAAUGUUGAAAAGCAAAGCACCUCUACCACAUUAUCAAAUACGCAGUCAGAGAGAUCUACAUCUGUGAAUACAUCUGUGAAUAAUAAAGCUUCAUUAGUUGGCCAGAACGAUUAUUUAAAAAUGAUGAGCAAUCCUCAAUACUUUCUUCAAUUGUUAUCAUUAAUGGGGUAUGGUACUGAUAGCAGUUCAAGCUUGGGAAUGAACUCCCUAAUAAAUCCACUUAUUGCUUCUCCUUCCCCUUCAACAUCUGCGUAUAACACGACGCUUCAGAAUCAACAACUUCAAACACUACUUGCACUUAACUCAUUUGGUACAACUGAUACAAGCAAUACUGCGAAUUCUUAUUUAACUGCAGCUUUAGCCUCUAUGUCUGGCAGUACAGGCUCAGCUUUUAAAAGCGGAAGUGGUCACGCCUCUAAGACGGAAAUUGGUAGUCUUGAUAGCACAAUUUGGGGGAAAUCUGACUCUUUUAAGAAAUUGGAGAACCGUGACCUUGGUCGAACGAAAGAACCUUUACCAACAAGACAACAGAAUAUAACUAAACAAAAUAAUUCAAACGCAUCAACUACGCAAUCAUCAUCUGUAAAAUCUACAUCGGUUAUUAAUAAAUCACUGAUUGGUCAGAGCGAUUACACCAAACUGAUGAGCAAUCCUCAAUAUCUACUUCAAUUAUUAUCAAUGAUGGGUUACGGUACUGAUAGCAAUUCAAGCUUAGGAAUGAACUCCUUGAUGAAUUCGCUCAUUGCUUCUCCUGCUUCAACCUCAUCGACAUAUGACACCUCGCUCCAAAAUCAACAACUUCAAACCCUGCUUGCGCUAAACUCGCUUAAUGGCACAACUGAUCUUAAUAGUGCCGCAUAUUCUUAUUUAGCUGCAGCAUUGGCUUCGAUGUCUGGUAGUACUAGCUCAGCUCCUAAAAGUGGACAGAAGAGGCAGGACACACAGGAUAAAUGUCAACAAGGACAAUCAGGACAAAAGACAAAACAAAACCCAAGUUGAUGUACAAGAGAUAAUAAAUUAUUCAAACGCAAAAACACAUACUUAUCUCUUUAAAUUUAUCU